AUGUCCUUCACCCUCCCCCGGGCCUUGCCCCGGUCGUUCCUGCGGUCCUACGGGACUGUCCAGGGCCCCCCCAGUGCCGCCGCGAUUGCCAGUCGGGUUCCCGGCGUUCUGGUCGAGGCUAUCUCCGCCACGGCUCCCCGCACCAACUGGACCCGGGAGGAAGUGAGCGCGGUCUAUAACACCCCCUUGAACCAACUCACAUACGCUUCGGCUGCCGUACACCGACGCUUUCACGACCCCUCAGCGAUCCAAAUGUGCACCCUUAUGAACAUUAAAACCGGCGGCUGCAGCGAAGACUGUUCCUACUGCGCCCAGUCUUCCCGCUACGACACCGGCCUGAAAGCUACUAAGAUGAGUCCCGUCGACGAUGUCCUCGAGAAAGCCCGCAUAGCCAAGUCCAAUGGCAGCACACGCUUCUGCAUGGGUGCUGCCUGGCGUGACAUGCGUGGCCGCAAGACAAGUCUGAAGAACGUGAAGCAGAUGGUCUCGGGCAUCCGCGACAUGGGCAUGGAGGUCUGCGUAACCCUCGGCAUGAUUGACCAGAACCAGGCCAAGGAGCUGAAGGAGGCUGGCUUGACGGCGUAUAACCACAACCUCGACACAUCCCGAGAGUUCUACCCUACCAUCAUCACAACUCGCUCCUACGACGAGCGCCUGCGCACACUAGACCACGUCCGUGAUGCCGGUAUCAAUGUCUGCUCGGGUGGGAUCUUGGGUCUGGGCGAGAGCGACUCCGACCGCGUUGGUCUGCUGCACACUGUCUCGAGCCUGCCCUCACACCCGGAGUCGUUCCCUGUCAAUGCUCUCGUUCCGAUUCCGGGGACGCCCCUUGGUGACCGGAAGAUGAUUCCAUUCGACCGCGUACUCCGCACCAUCGCUGCCGCCCGUAUCAUCAUGCCUGCUACCAUCGUCCGUCUGGCUGCCGGUCGCAUUGCCAUGUCUGAGGAACAGCAAGUGGCCUGCUUCCAGGCCGGUGCCAACGCUGUCUUCACCGGAGAGAAGAUGUUGACGACCGAGUGCAAUGGCUGGGGUGAGGACCGUGUCAUGUUCGAGAAGUGGGGAUACUACCCCAUGAAGAGCUUUGAGAGGCCGGAGCCCAAGGAGGCUAAGGCUGCGCCCACGCCGCCUCCCUCUCAACCGGAGACUGCUGCGCCGGUCGCAGCUAGCUCGUAA